CCGAGAGCCUGUUGGGUGUCAUGGCGGCCUGCAGGCGUUGCAGCUCAUGCCUCCGCCUUAGGCCGCUGAGCGAGAGUCCACUGCGUUUUCCCGGACGUGAUCGGGCACUCACUCACCGGCAGGUGCGAGCGCUAUGGGGUGGCACGGGAUCUCGAGCCGUGGCUGUGGAAUUAGGCAGCAGAAAAUUAGAAUUAUCCACUGGGAAAUUGGCCAGAUUUGCAGAUGGUUCUGCCGUAGUACAGUCAGGUGACACUGCAGUAAUGGUCACAGCAGUCAGUAAAACAAAACCAUCACCUUCCCAGUUCAUGCCUUUGGUGGUUGACUAUAGACAGAAAGCUGCUGCAGCAGGUAGAAUUCCCACAAACUAUCUUAGAAGAGAGAUGGGUUCUUCUGAUAAGGAAAUUCUUACAAGCCGAGUAAUAGAUCGUUCGAUCAGACCUCUCUUUCCAGCUGGCUACUUUUAUGAUACACAGGUCCUUUGUAAUUUGUUAGCAGUAGAUGGUAUUAAUGAACCUGAUGUCCUAGCAAUUAAUGGUGCUUCUGUGGCCCUUUCAUUAUCAGAUAUUCCUUGGAAUGGACCUGUGGGGGCAGUCCGAAUGGGAAUGAUUGAUGGAGAAUUUGUUGUUAAUCCAACACGAAAAGAAAUGUCUUCCAGUACUUUAAAUUUAGUGGUUGCUGGUGCUCCUAAAAGUCAUAUUGUUAUGUUGGAAGCCUCUGCAGAGAACAUUUUACAGCAGGAUCUUUGCCAUGCUAUCAAAGUAGGAGUGAAAUACACCCAACAAAUAAUUCAGGGUAUUCAGCAGUUGGUAAAGGAAAUUGGGGUUACCAAGAGGACACCUCAGAAGUUAUUUACUCCAUCACCCGAGAUUGUGAAGCAGGCUCAUAAACUUGCCAUGGAAAAACUUUAUGCAGUUUUCACAGAUUAUGAGCAUGACAAGAUUUCUAGAGAUGAAGCAGUUAACAAGAUAAGACUAGAUACAGAGGAACAACUGAAAGAAAAAUUUCCAGAAGCUGAUCCAUAUGAUAUAAUAGAAUCCUUUAAUACUGUUGCAAAAGAAGUUUUUAGAAAUAUCAUUUUGAAUGAAUACAAAAGGUGUGAUGGUCGAGAUUUGACUUCUCUUAGGAAUAUAAAUUGUGAAGUAGAUAUGUUUAAAAUUCUUCAUGGAUCUGCCUUAUUUCAAAGAGGACAAACACAGGUACUUUGCACUGUUACAUUUGAUUCAUUGGAAUCUAGCAUUAAGUCAGACCGAAUUAUAACAGCUAUAAAUGGGAUAAAAGAUAAAAAUUUUAUGCUGCACUAUGAGUUUCCUCCUUAUGCAACUAAUGAAAUUGGCAAAGUAACUGGUAUAAAUAGAAGAGAACUUGGGCAUGGUGCUCUUGCUGAGAAAGCAUUAUAUCCUGUUAUUCCCAAAGAUUUUCCUUUCACCAUCCGAGUUACAUCUGAAGUCCUAGAAUCAAAUGGGUCAUCUUCUAUGGCAUCUGCAUGCGGUGGAAGUUUAGCAUUGAUGGAUGCAGGUGUUCCAAUUUCAUCCGCGGUUGCUGGUGUCGCAAUAGGACUAGUCACCAAAACCAAUUCGGAUAAGGGUGAAAUAGAAGAUUACCGCUUGCUGACAGAUAUUCUGGGAAUUGAAGAUUACAACGGUGACAUGGAUUUCAAGAUAGCUGGCACUAAUAAAGGAAUAACUGCAUUACAGGCUGAUAUUAAAUUGCCUGGAAUACCAUUAAAAAUUGUAAUGGAGUCUAUUCAGCAAGCCUCGGUAGCAAAAAGGGAGAUACUACAGAUUAUGAACAAAACUAUUUCAAAACCUCGAGCAUCUAGAAAAGAAAAUGGACCGGUUGUAGAAACUGUUCAAGUUCCAUUAUCAAAACGAGGGAAAUUUGUUGGACCAGGGGGAUAUAAUUUAAAAAAGCUUCAGGCUGAAACGGGAGUAACAGUUAGUCAGGUGGAUGAAGAAACAUUUUCUGUAUUUGCCCCAACACCCAGUGCUAUGCACGAAGCAAAAGACUUCAUUACUGAAAUCUGCAAGGAUGAUCAAGAACAGCAGUUAGAAUUCGGAGCAGUGUAUACCGCCACAAUAACUGAAAUUAGAGACACUGGAGUAAUGGUUAAACUGUAUCCAAAUAUGACUGCAGUACUACUUCAUAACACACAGCUUGAUCAACGAAAGAUAAAACAUCCCACUGCUCUAGGAUUAGAAGUUGGACAAGAAAUUCAGGUGAAAUAUUUUGGACGUGAUCCAGCUGAUGGAAGAAUGAGGCUUUCUCGUAAGGUCCUCCAGUCUCCAGCUACAACUGUUGUCAAAACUCUUAAUGACAGAAGUAGCAUUGUAAUGGGAGAAUCUAUUUCACAGUCAUCCUCUAAUUCCUCUUCAUGAUUUUUAAGAGAAUUCUAGAGUGACACUUUGUAGGACAAAAUUUCAGUAGUGUCUAAUAUAUAAAUAUAUAUGUAAUGUAAAUAUGUUCUAAUCAUUUGUAUUAAAAUGCUCAUUUUACAUGUGC